GCGGCGGGAUGGUGGCGCGGGGGCUGCGCGCGCUGCGCGGGGCGCUGCGGGCUGUCGCCGCCGGGCGCCGGUUCAGCACGCGGCCGGCGCGCGCCCCCGCCAUGGACUAUCAGGACGCCAUCCGGACCCUCAACACCCUGCAGACCAACGCCAGCUAUUUGGAGCAGGUGAAGCGGGAGCGCGGCGACCCCCGGGCCCAGCUGGAAGCCAUGCGCGGCUUUUUGGAGAGGAGCGGGCUGAAAGUCGAGGACCUGGAUCAACUGAACAUCAUCCACGUCACGGGGACAAAGGGCAAGGGCUCGGCGUGCGCCUUCACUGAGUGCAUCCUCCGCAGCUAUGGGCUGAAGACGGGCUUUUACAGCUCCCCUCACCUGGUGCAGGUGCGCGAGCGGAUCCGCAUCAACGGGCAGCCCAUCAGCAAGGAGCUCUUCAGCAAAUACUUCUGGCUCGUCUAUAACCGCCUGGAGGAGACCAAGGACCCGGUGCACGCCAGCAUGCCGGCGUACUUUCGCUUCCUCACCAUCAUGGCCUUCCACGUCUUCCUGCAGGAGAAGGUGGACCUGGCGGUGGUGGAGGUUGGCAUUGGCGGUGCCUACGACUGCACUAACAUCAUCAGGGCGCCGGUGGUGUGUGGGGUCUCCUCUCUGGGCAUUGACCAUACCAGCAUCCUGGGGGACACGAUGGAGAAGAUCGCCUGGCAGAAAGGGGGCAUUUUUAAGCCCGGCGUGCCGGCGUUCACCGUGGCGCAGCCGGAGCGGCCGUUGGAGGUGCUGAGGAACCGAGCCCAGGAGCUGGAGUGUCCCCUCUACCUCUGCCCGGAGCUGGAUGCCUUCGAGGGGGGCUGCCGGGCGCUGGAGCUGGGGCUGGCGGGUGCCCACCAGCGCUCCAACGCCGCCCUGGCCUUGCAGCUGGCACGGACCUGGCUGCAGCGCCGCGGCUGCCGGGGUCUCGGGGAGCUGAAGGAGGUGCUGCCAGCCGCCAAGCUGGUGGGGAGGACGGUGCCGCUGGCGCCCGCUUUUCGACCCACCGACGCCAUGAUCCAAGGUCUGCGGGACACAGAGUGGCUGGGCCGGACCCAGGUGCUGCCCCGUGGCCCCGUGACGUGGUACCUGGACGGAGCCCACACCACCAGCAGCAUCCAGGCCUGCGUCCGCUGGUUCCGCCAGGCCGCCCUCAACCAGGACAAACCCCACGAUGGCUCCGAGGUGCGCGUGCUGCUCUUCAACGCCACGGGGGACCGGGACACGGCGGCGCUGCUCAAGCUACUGCUGCCCUGCCACUUCGACUACGCCGUCUUCUGCCCCAACUUCACGCAGGUGUCGAUGGCCAGCAACGCGGACCAGCAAAACUUCAACGUAACACUGGAAAACGCUCUUACCCGCUGCCUGGAGAACCAGCAGACGUGGACCCGGCUGCUGGAGGAGAAGGGGGGGCAGGACCCCUGGCUCCCGGCCCCCCUGCGGGUGGGGGGGCUGCUGCAGCCAGCCCCCGCCCGAGGGACUCUGCUUCUGGUCCCCCCGGCCCCGCGACCCCUCAAUUCGCCAGCUCUCGUGUUUCCCUGCCUGGCCCAGGCGCUGCGGUGGGUGGCACAGGGCCGGGACCCCCGGCUGGCAGCGCCGGCCGCCACGGGGGCUCACCCCCACCCCGCUGCCAGCAGCGGGGCCGUGCUGCUGCGGGAGACGGCCGCCGUCCGCGUCCUGGUCACCGGCAGCCUGCAUUUGGUGGGGGGGGUCCUCCGGCUGCUUGACCCUUCUCUUUCCCAAUAACAGGGAGGUGUGUGUGGGGGGAGGAACGGGGCUUUGCACCUCUUUUUACUUGAAGAGCCGGUUCUGCCCCCGAUGAUGCUCGGAGGCGGCUGGGGUGGGGACGUGGGACCCCCCAACCCCAUCCUGGCUCGGCCCUUUUCACCCCAGUGCCUUUUGCCUGUGCCCCCCCGGGGACACUGGCCGUGGGGUGGGGAUGCUCCCAGUCCCCACCCAUCUUGGUGAGACUGACUGGGGUGGCCCCCAGGCUGUGCCGGUGUCCCAGUGCCUGGAGGGGGGUGGGCAGUUUCAGGGGGGGUGGUAGGUGGGAGCUUCAAGCCACGGUGAGGCUCAGCAUCAGGGCACCACUAAUUUAAUGUAGGGGAGAUUUUUAUUAUUAUUAAUAAGGAGUUUGUAACUUGGACAGGGAGCUGCAGGGUUGGGGGGGGGUGUGUGGUUUCUGCCCAUCACCCCAUGGUGGGGCAGCAGCCCUCCACCCCCCCAAUAAACUUCUUGCUGCUCCCA